GGCAACUUUUCGGGGAGCCGUUGUUAGAUUUCAAAAUUUGAAAUCUCAUCUCCUUUUUCUAAAUUUCUCUCUUUUUUUUCCAUUUCUCAAACUCAGCAAGAAGAGAGCAGAAGAGCAGCCAAGCGAUGGAUCCAGAGACCGAGUUCCUUUCAUCGAAACGACAAACGGGAAACGAAUGGGAACUCUUCAAAGAAAACGUGAGACCUUUGAAGAGAGGCCGAAACGUCGAUCUCUUAAACCACGCUCUCAAAGCUCACACCAAUGAUCAACUCAAGAAAUCUCUCCUUGAAAACCGAAGGAGAUUGAUUGAGGCAAUAGAUGAGUACCAAGGAGACGAUCCUCUCCAGCCUUGGCUUGAUUGCAUUAAAUGGGUUCAAGAGGCAUUCCCACCAGGUGGAGACUUCUCAGGACUGGUAUUGAUCUAUGAGCAAUGCGUUCGUGCUUUCUGGCAUUCGGAUCGUUAUAAAGAUGAUCUCCGCUACCUCAAAGUUUGGUUGGAAUAUGCUGAGCAUUGUAGUGAUGCUGAGGUCAUUUAUAGUUUUCUUGAUGCCAAUGAUAUUGGGAAGACACAUUCAGCUUACUAUAUAGCAUAUGCUUUGCACAUGGAGUCCAAGUCUAAGAUGAAAGCAGCAAAUGAUAUACUCAAUCUUGGGAUAUCCAGUAAUGCUCAACCAAUAGAGAAGCUGAGGGAUGCAUACAAGAAAUUUCUUGCUCGCUCAAUGAGAAGACCUAAUGCUACUGAGGAAGAGUUGAAGGAAGAUGACUUACCAGUCCGAAGUUUCGGAACUGUCUUGGCCAGGGGAGAGAGUCAAAGGCAGGCCAUCAAAACUUUUGAGCUUGGCAGAAACAAGUUGAAGCAAGAUCAGGUGCACCGAACUCCAUUAUCUAUUUACAAUGAUACAAAUAUGGAUGUCAUGAGGGGUCAUCACUCUAAGCCAAGUACCGGUUCAAACUCUUGGCACACUCUUGGAGGUAGAGCUGAGAGAAACAAAGAAAAUAAUGCUAUGCCUGCAAAGUGGACAUCACACAAGAUUCCGCAGAGACCUGUGCCUAGAAUCGUAGGGGCUGUUGCAAGUGCUCAAAUUGAAGUUUUUGUUGAUGAGGAAUGUGAAGAAAAGCCAAAAGUGCAUGAUGAGAAGGACAGAACUUCAAGUCUGCAACUGAGAGAGUUGGACGGCAGAAACAUAAAAAAGGAAACUGAAUUACUUAGGGAGAACCCACUGCGAAAUUUCCCUUCAAAUAGUCUACCUAGAUGAUUUCAUGGUGGCUCCUUGGUGUGUUUGUAUCAUUUUCAUGGUGGGAUCAGCUUUUAACUCCAAAGCCUGGUCCAUAAUAUCAUGCUGUACUACGUUUUUUACUUGUUUGUUGGCUUUUAAGGUUUCAUCUUUUGUUGCUUUCAAUAAAUAGUCGAAAGAACACCUAUCUAAUGCUUGUAGUCAAGUUUUUUCAUGAUUUCCCAGUGAAGACAUAAGGUGGCUGAAUGAUUUAAUGAAGGUUUGCCUUCUCUGGCAAUUCAAAUA